CUCAUUUCCGGACCAGAUAAAAAAAAAUAGACUCGGACUGGAGCCAGUGAGGCAGGCAUGCUGGUCUUUGUCUGUCUAUAAUGAGCUUCACGAAUUCAAGUUCUCUUUCCUUGCGGGAGAGUUGGCGCCUGUUGAUCCUUGUGGGGGUCUGUCUUGGGAUUAUCUUCAAUUCAUUCCAAGGUGAAGGUGCCCCCUUGGUGGCAUCAAUUGCUUUCAGUGGAAUAGCCUUUGCGGUCACAUUCUGUCUGAUCCGAUGGCUUGGACCGGUGUUCAUAAAGGCUGGUUUAAAAGGCAGGGACAUGGCCAAACCGCGCAGACCUGAGAUACCCGAGACAAUGGGAGCAGUAUGCGCCAUCGUCUAUCUCCUAGGCCUCAUUUUCUUUAUUCCUUUUGCCUUCUACAAGGACAUCGUGGCUGCUACUUCGGGUGGAGGUAAUCGCGACGUUGUUCUAGAGGUCGACCAUGUUGAAACGGGGCGGAUGCUACACCGAUUUCCUCAUGGAAAACUUGCAUCCUACCUUUCUGGGCUUCUUUCUCUCCAAUGCAUCGUCAUAUUGGGUAUUGGCGAUGACCUCCUUGACAUCAGAUGGAGACACAAAGUCCUCAUACCAGCGUUCGGUGCCAUUCCAAUGCUCAUUGUCUACUUCGUGGAUUUCGGAGUCACUCAUGUGGUGGUCCCAGUGCCAUUGCAGCCCUAUCUAGGAUCAUUUGUCGACCUUGGAUGGCUCUAUUAUGUAUACAUGGCUGCAGUGUCCAUCUUUUGUCCCAAUGCGAUUAACAUGCUAGCCGGUAUUAACGGCGUGGAGGUCGCCCAAUCCCUCGUCAUUGCAGUUCUACUCAUUGCGAACGAUUUACUGUACCUCGCGCCCAUUACCCCGUUUCCACACCCAGCCACCGACUCGCACCUUUUCUCUCUCUAUCUUCUCCUUCCAUUUGUCGGUGUGUCGCUAGCAUUGCUAUUCCAUAACUGGUACCCCUCCAAGGUCUUUGUUGGAGACACGUAUUGCUAUUUUGCUGGGAUGGUGUUUGCCGUUGUCAGCAUUCUGGGACACUUCAGCAAGACACUCCUGCUUCUCUUCAUUCCGCAGAUCUUCAACUUUUUAUAUUCGACGCCACAGCUCUUCAAGCUGAUUCCCUGUCCCCGACACAGACUGCCUCGAUUCAAUGGCAUCAGUGGCCUGCUGGACGCCUCCGUGACCGAAUGGACCGUCCCACCUUCGCCUCUCGUUGCGACUGCCUUGGAUCUUCUGCACAGCCUACGGCUGGUACGCGUCACGAAGAACGAGAAGGGCCAGAUCGUGGAGUCAACAAACCUAACCAUCCUGAAUCUAUGGUUAGUCUGGUGGGGACCGAUGAAGGAAGACCGACUGGCCCUGAGCAUGGUCGUUGUUCAAUUUGUUUGUGGACUCUUUGGACUUUUUGUGCGACAUCGCCUCGCGUUGCUGGUCUUCCGCGAGGACAAUCGAGCAUUUCGAUAUGCGGUAUAGAAUCAACCGAUUGGUUUGAAACCUGUUUGUUGCGUGGAGCAUGGGUCGGGUUAUGCAUACUAGUACUUUUAGAUUAGAAUGGGGUCGCAUUGGC